UGUAAAAAUAGAGGGGACCGGAAAACGGAGGCAUAUUUCCGUACAAGGUCUAUGAGGACCUUUCUCUCUCUCAGUUACAUUUACACGUCGCUCUGUAUUCUUCUUCCUCAUCCUCUCAAAGUAUUCCUAGAUACCCACCGAAUCUCCAGCUUCCAUCAUGGCGACACCCAGCGCAUUGCUCAUCGGAGAGAUUACCCAUGUUAAGAACGAGUGGGAAUCUUUGGCGCCUGCCAUCGACCUCAAGGAGUACCCAGAGGGCAGCCGAGAAGAAUUCCUUGAGAACUGCAAGACCGGCAGAUACGACUCGGUCAAGGCCAUCUACAGGAGCAAUGUUUCAACAUCAAUCACUGGGCCUUUUGACGAGGAAUUAGUAGCCGCCCUUCCUCCUUCCAUAAAGUAUAUCUGCCACAACGGAGCUGGAUACGAUAACAUCGAUAUCCCUGCCUGCACAAAGAAAGGUAUCUCUGUUUCGAGUACGCCGCAAGCCGUCGACAAUGCUACUGCAGAUGUCGCAACCUGGUUAAUGAUCGGAGCUUUAAGAAGAAUAUCAAUUCCAUAUUUCGCAAUUCAAAACAAUCAAUGGAGAGGUGCGGCAGGCCUAGGUUAUGAUCCACAACAGAAGGUCCUUGGCAUCCUCGGAAUGGGCGGCAUUGGAAGAGCCCUGGCACGCAGAGCCCGUGCAUUCGACAUGAAAAUCAUCUACCAUAAUCGAAAGCCGCUUUCCCCUACACUGGCUGGAGAUGCAACCUACGUCUCAUUUGAUGAGCUUCUCUCCCAAUCAGACGUCAUCAGCCUCAAUCUCUCCUUGAACGCAUCAACUCGGCACAUCAUUAGUUCAAACGAAUUCGAGAAAAUGAAGGAUGGAGUUGUCAUCGUCAAUACUGCAAGAGGCCCACUGAUUGAUGAGGCUGCUUUGGUAGCUGCACUUGAGUCUGGGAAGGUCUUUUCAGCUGGUCUUGAUGUCUUCGAAGAGGAACCAAAGGUCCAUGCUGGACUGUUGAAUAAUGAUAAAGUUGUCAUUCUGCCCCAUAUGGGUACAUCUACGUUUGAGACUCAGGCAAAUAUGGAGCGUCUUGUGCUUACGAACCUAAAGAAGGCAAUCAACGAGGAUAAGCUUGUGACCCAGGUAUCUGAGCAAGUCGACCCAAAAUGCAAUAUAUAAAUGUUGUGUCAUCCAUGACAAACAUAGCUAGAUAUGUUUUAUUAUACUUGAUAGAGGAUUGACCCGUCGAAAUGAACCG